AUUAAGAAUGUGUUGCGUGAUUUGAUCACUAAAACUGACUACAUUUUUCUUACGGCGAAAAGUGCAAUCUUAGCAAGCGUGGCCACAAGCAUGAAGAAGUCAGAAGCUCCCCAAAAAGUGCCGAGGUUAUUUGAACCUAUAAUCCAAAAUCUAGAGGAUCAUCUAAAUGCCGUCGAGAGAGCGCAGAAGAAAGUGGCGAAUUUAUACCAAUUCAUUAAAUCAAAGAUUGAUGAAGCACACCAAGUGGAUUACAAGCUGUCGAGAGAAUAUGUACUGUCGUUGGAGCUUAAGAAAUAUGAAUUGGAUGGGGAGUUGAACACAUGGAAUUGCUAUAUGGAAGACACCGAGGGAGUCCUUACAGAGUUUGACAAAGAAAUAAAAGAUUACUUGAGUCGGGAAAGCUACAAAAUGAAGUGGAUGGUCGGUUUGUUCGUGGUGGGUACCACAGUAUUUACCGGUGGAGCUGGAGCAAUCGCAUCUGGCGCCAGUGCAAUUGCAGCGGCGGGAAUUGGUGCUACUCCUUUGAUCGGGGGCGGAGCCGCAGCCCUUCUCUUUGGGGCUGCAGUCUCUGUUACCGGCAUCUGCUUGGUGUUGAGAGGAUGGUUAGCCAAGAGGAACUUUUGCAACAAACUAUUAUCAAUUCACCAAAAUUACUCAGAACUAGUUGCUGAAACCCAGAGAAUUGCUUACUCGAACUGGUUCAAUUAGGCGUGUAAAAUAAUUUUCUUCUUUAUUAAAUAAUCUUAGAUGAAACGAAUGCGAACUGAAAGUCUGAAACCAGCCGAUGCAUAUCCUACUUGUGCGGAGGCUCAGGCUGGCGUCUCUCUCAGCAAAAGGUGUAUGUCAAAAUUAAAAAAAAAAAACUCACUUUCUUUCAGAUAAGGUAACAUGCAUUAAACUCUAGGGAAAAAAAUUAUUUUUGGUUUCAUUAGGACGAACUUGAAUAAGCUAAAAUGCAGCGCAGGUAUGAAUCAUGCUAAUCGAUUACUAGUCAUAUGUGCAAUCCUCUCGAUUGUAACAUGAGAACAGACAACGAUAUCUCGCUUUUUUUGCCAGUGCAUAUUGAGAUCAAUAUUAUUUACGAAUAUGACCACAUAUACUUUACAUGUAUAGCACAAACUAUUAUAUAUACUCAUAAACUACUUUAUUCUUCAUUUGAUUUUUACUACUUGCCCUGAGAAGGUGCACUUUCCUGAAAUUUAAAAGGCAGCGAAGGUGGAUAACUCAAACCACUGGAUAAUCGGUUACCUAGUUAUCAAUAAUUUGAGUUUUAGUUGUCUUCAAUUUCAGUGUCCAUUAAGCUAGGAAUCAUUGAUAUCCUGGGCUUUCUAAGCAAUUGAGGCCUAUGAUUAGGCUGGUUGUGUAAGCAUUUAAAAAGAAGAUAAAGCGAUCGCCUCCUUCUCCAAACAAGAAGUAGAAAUUGAGUGGCACUUUACCUGACUACAUCGUGUAGUCAGGUAAAGUGGCUAAAAGUAAAGUCCGAUUGAAGCCAGCACCUCUUAUUAAAAAUUACAGUGUUAUCAGUUAAUAGAAGUUAUAUCAUCGAGCUAAGGGAUUCAGUACACAUGCAUCUUUCAAGAAGUAGGCUUAUAUGUUAGUUAACCAUAUCUUACGUUUAAUUUGAAAUUAAAAUUAAGUAGAAUAAAGAGGUUUCUUUUAGCGAUUUAGCGUUAUAGAUUGAUUUGGAUAGUGGCCAUAGUUUUUACCUGAGCAGUGAUCGCAUGCGACUUUUGAACUCAGUGUUGCUCAGUGUUAUUCGGUGCUUCGGUUCAUAAUGAAAAAUAUUCUGAAUCUUUCAUCAGUGUAAAAUUAUUUCGCAAUUUUGAUUGAUCAAAAGGGCACCAAACGUGCAUCAAUACCUCACAAAAUUUUUGUGUGCGACUGUAGUAAAGUUUUCCGAGAAAAAAGGAUGCAUUGAGUUUGGUCGUGUGCUGAUCAAGCAAGUUUCAUUAGUGACAAUUAUAUAACAGUUUUAGAGACUUUGGGUAAAAUGUAAUGUUUUCGUAAAUUGUUUGUAUGGCUGACAUUAUACUUAUCGUUUAAUAAAAUAUGCAGAGCAGCUUA